AUGCAUGGUGUACUUAGCAUGAUGAAUCUAAAUAUCAUGGUAUAUUUUUAUAAGUAAAAGCCUAGCUUGAGUCUCAUCCAGAGCAUAAAUUAUAUGUGCUACGUAAUGUCAAUCCUUAGAAUCUUCGUCAAAAAAUAUAACCUUAGAGAGGUGCAUUUGAAAUUAAGCAUAAUGGAGUUUACAUAUAUUCUAAAAUCAAAUCGACCUUAUUCCCCAAUCCCGCAGUAAUAAAUGAAAGAAUCACAAAGUUCUUUUAAGAUAAAAAAGAAGGGGGAGACCUCACUAAAUAUGCUAAUUCAGUAGAGAAAAAGCAGUAACCACCUCCUAAAAAAAGAGAUAUGGCUGCAAUUUAUGGAACUUACUAUGUAGCAAUUUAAAAUGAGUAGCAGCGCCUUGAAGAACUUCGCUAAGAAGAAGAAAGAAAGAGGAUUGAAAGAGAGAGGGAGGAAGAAGAAAGAAGGAUUAAGUAGGAAGAAGAAGAAGCUGAAAGAUUAAGAAGAUAAGAAGAGGAAGAAAGAUAGCGCCUAGAGUAAGAAGAGCUUGAAAGACAGUAAAGAGAGCAAGAAGAAGAAGAUGAAAGAAGACGUAAAGAAGAAGAGGAACAGCGUGCUCAGUAAGCUUAAUACGAAUAAGAAUAGUAAUAAUAAGAAUAAUAAUAGCACUAACAAUAGGAGCAUUAAGAUUAAGCUCAUCAUGAAGGCUAACAUCAUGACUAGCACCAACAAAACCAACAUUGAGCUUUUUAACAAAAUAUACAAAAUCUUAAAUUAUAUUAAAUCAAUCAAUCAAUCAUACAUACAUACAGAUAAAUAGAAUGAUAAAUAAAUAAAUAAAUAGUUAAUAAAUAUAACUCAAAUUAGAGAAUUUUUCAAAAUUGUCCUAUAUAAUAGUAAAUAGGUUAUUUAUUUAUUUAUUUGUUAAAAUAUAAAGUAAAUAUAUUGA